AUGGCAUAAAUUAAAUCCUGUUUUACAAUUCUCAUCACUACUUUUAUAGAUUGGGACUUAAACUACCUUAUUAUUUGGAAUUAUUUAAAAAUAAUAUUAUGUUAAACAGAGUUUGUUUUAAAAGAAAAAACUACAAACAUAAUUUAACCUAAUUAAAAUUAUUCAAUAAAAAUAACCUUCAAAAAUUAUCUACUACUUUAAUUCUAGAAAUAUUAUAAUCAACGUUUAAGAAUAACCUACUAAACUAUAUUUCAUAUUUUUAAAGGAUGGAUCAUAUCUAAACAAAGAUCCUUCUUAACUGACUCUAUUUUAAAUAAGAUGGGUUAGAAAAAUAUGUGGCUUUUAGAAUUCAUUAUAUAUCUUUUCAUUAUUCUUAAACUCUAAUCACUAUUAUUUUAUAUAAUAAUAUACAAUUUAAGUUUCAAGAUUCUAUUGCUAAUAUAUUAUCUAUAUAAACUAAAUAACCAACCUCAGUUGUUGGAAAAACAUUUACUAGUGAUCUUGACUUUUCAGCUUAUAAAAUUACAAAAACAGAAAUCUAUAAGAUUAAUAAAGUUAAAUAUAUCUAAUACGAAUAUUAUAUAUAUAUUUAUUUAAGUUUUAUACCACUAUUUGGAGUAUCACAAUUGA